AUGAAUCAAUUGCGCUCUAUGACGCUAACAGUCGUGGCGCGAAUUCUCGGCCUAAAUAAUAUUAAUGACGAUAGCAUUCGUGAUAUGCUGCCAGGAUUGGAAUUGCGUGUGCGAGAGGUUGUGCAAGAUGCCAUUGAAUUUCAGCAGCAUCCGCGAAGGUCUCAGUUGGAUUUCACGCCCUUCAUAAAGGCAGUUUCGAUUGAAUGA